AUGAAAAUUUGCCUUGAUUUAGCUUACGGGGGAUGUGAAGGGCCAGAUGCCACAUACGUGAAGUUGGUCAGCAGUGACGGUCACCAGUUCUUCAUCAAAAAGGAAUUGGCAUUGACCUCUGGCACGAUCAAGGCAAUGUUAAGCGGACCUGGGCAGUAUUCAGAGAACGAAAGCAAUGAAGUGAAUUUCAGGGAAAUACCAUCUCAUGUGCUGCAGAAAGUAUGCCAGUAUUUUGCAUACAAGGUCCGUUAUACGAGCUCCGCUACGGAAAUCCCCGAAUUCAGUAUUACUCCCGAUGUAGCGCUUGAGUUGCUCAUGGCAGCUAAUUUUCUCGAUUGCUGA